CUGGCCUUAGUUUACUUGGAAUCCCCCUAUUACCGUGGAAAAGCAGAGGCAGCGCUCAUCCCCAGGCUUGUGGAGGAAGUGAUCAUCGGUAACACACUCAGGACCGAGCUGGGCGAAGAGCUGCAGGUGCCGGUGUACGAAGAGAGGCCAGGCAGGUGUGCACUGGUUCAGACCAGGGCUCAGCUGACGGAAGAACAUGGGAUGGAGGUGUCAAUAAAGAGUGCAGUAGAGUUGCUUCAUGUGGGGCCAGAGGAGAUAGCGCAAAUGCAGGAACAGGACGACACUUUGCAACGCGUUCGCCGCCUGGCGAGAGACGGACAAGCGACGUCACAGCGAGGCACAGGGAGAGUUUCGUUCCUGCGUAAGAAAGGACUGUUGUGGCGAGUCUACAUAGAAAAGAAGGGUGCAGAACACAAACAGUUGGUUGUUCCCCAGCCUUUAAGGCACGAAGUGCUACGUGUGGCCCACGACACGCCCAUGGCGGGACAUGUGGGGGCAAGGGGAACGCGGGACAGAAUAUGGUGUGAGUUUUACUGGCCGGACAUGUGUAAAGAUGUCCGGCGCUUUUGUGGGUCUUGCGACACGUGCCAGCGCACAACUCCCAAAAGGAAGGCUGAAGAAAAGGACAGAUCUGAGAGGUUGGCUCUUGAACGUGAUCAGAUUGGGAAGGGAAGUAGGGAAAAAGAAACAAAGAUCUUCAGUUUGACGUGCAACCCUGAUGAGCUUCAGGUAGAAGGAGAUGUAAAACUGCGGUUGGAAGGGAACAUGCAGGCUCUGAACGCUCAGUAUGACCGUGAUGUUGCUGGUCGUGAGGAGCUGGAUGAGGAGUCUAAGAGACCAUUGCUUAAACAGACACGAGAAAUGAAAGCAGAGCUUCGGGAUGAGCGCAAGCAGAGAGCCAUAACAGCAACUACUCGCAGUGAGUUGCGAGGAGGUCUGCAAGGCUUAGAGCAGGAAGUGGAGAUGACCAACAAAGUGAAGGAAGAUGCUGUUAAGCAAUACAAGAAGCUGGCAGCUCAGAUAGAGGACUGCCAGCGCGAAGUUGAAAAGGCACGCAUUGCAAUGGAGGAAAUGGCUGCAGCCCUGAAAGAUGAUGACAAGCGAGUGAAGAACUUGGAAACAGACCGUUCAAUGUCGCUGAAGCUUCAAAAUCAGAGGCUGGUCAUUGAGCGCCAGGACAAGGAAAUGCGGGACAAACCUUGGGAGCUGGAGGGGCACAACCGAGCUCCUACUAAGGCUACCAUAGCUACCUUUGAGAGUAAGAUUGUCAAGCUGGAGGAACAGCUUGACCAAGAAGCAAAAGAACGUUCGUCACAGGUUCAUACCAAUCGCAAGAUGGAAGAAACGCAGCAAAACUAA